UCAGUCCUCAUCCCUGGCCUUUGCCUUGAAGACCAGGGCCAAUCAGAUCUUACGCCCGGCAUUUUGUUCAUGGGGUGUUUGACCCACGUGAUCAUAUGACGCACGACCGAGGCGCAAACCACUGUCGCCGACCAUUCAAGCCUCAUUCCAUCUAUCAUUCAAUUGACUGACAGAUUAUCCUUUCCCAUCGCCUGCCACCACAAGACCAUCGAACUCACUACCACGAACCUCCGAUAAUUGGAGCUCGAAUACAAUAUGGGCGCAUUACUAUCGAUACCGCUGAUGGUGGUGCCGAGCAUGGGCACUCUGUUGUCCUUCGGUGCCAGUUGCUGCGGUGCAGCAACAUGCUCGGUCGUGUGCAGUGCCUGUGGGAAGUGUGGCAACAGUGUCGCAACGCGCAUAGCCUACGCCCUCAUACUCCUCGUCAAUUCGAUACUGUCAUGGAUUAUGCUCACGCCAUGGGCGAUCGAGAAACUUCAACACCUAACGCUGGAUUACGUCAAGAUCAACUGUCCCAACGGGCAGUGUUAUGGCUGGCUCGCUGUCCACCGGAUUAACUUCGCUCUGGGCUUGUUCCACCUUAUAUUUGCCGGCCUACUACUAGGUGUCCGGUCGUCCAAGAAUCCUCGUGCGGCUAUUCAGAACGGCUUCUGGGGUCCCAAGAUCAUUACCUGGCUGGCCUUGAUCGUCCUGACCUUCUUCAUUCCGGAUGAGUUCUUCGUCGUCUGGGGCAAAUACAUCGCGUUCAUCUGCGGCAUGCUGUUCCUCAUCCUCGGCCUAGUUCUCCUGGUGGACUUAGCUCACACCUGGGCUGAGUACUGCUUGGCGCAGAUCGAAGAUACCGACUCGCGGUUCUGGAGGUUCGUUUUGAUUGGAUCUACACUGGGGAUGUACCUGGCAUCACUUGCCAUGACCAUCGUCCAGUACCUUUUCUUUGCCUCAAGUGGUUGCGCCAUGAACCAAGCAGCCAUUACCAUCAACCUCCUGCUUUUCCUGGGCGUCUCGGCCAUCUCCGUCCACCCGACCGUGCAGGAGUACAACCCCAAAGCCGGGCUUGCACAGGCUGCCAUGGUCGCGGUUUACUGCACCUACCUAACCAUGUCUGCUAUUUCCAUGGAGCCGGACGACACGGAAGAUAAGCGCUGCAAUCCGCUUGUUCUUGCUCGAGGCACCAGGACAACGACCGUGGUGGUCGGCGCUAUCCUCACUAUGCUGACCGUGGCAUACACCACCACGAGAGCCGCAACGCAGAGUUUCGGGCUUGGUGGCUCUGGAAAUGGCCAGAUCCGCUUGCCAGAGGACGACGAACACGACCUCGUGACCACCCAACCCGCUCGUCGAGAGAUGAGGGCCGAGGCACUGCGCCGAGCCGUCGAGGAGGGAAGCCUGCCCGCAGAUGCCCUUCUAUCAGAUGACGACGACGAAAGCGAUGCAGGGAACAACACUGCUCAUGACGACGAGCGGUCAAAUACUCAGUACAACUACUCUACGUUCCAUAUCAUUUUCUUCCUCGCCACGGCCUGGGUGGCUAUACUCCUGACCAUGAAUUACGAUGACAACUCAAGGGACGGCGACUUUGCGGCCGUUGGUCGUACCCUUUGGGCUAGCUGGGUCAAGAUCGUCAGCUCAUGGGUUUGCUACGCCAUGUACAUUUGGAGCCUGGUCGCACCGAUCGUCCUCCCAGACCGCUUCGAGUUCUCCUAGGCACACCAAUUCUAGAGUGACA